AUGCCUCCAUCAGGGUCUUGGUCUAACUCGGUCUUUCUAAAUAUCUAUCAUUUGGUGAAAUGUAGCAAGGUGAAUUCAUUGACUCCAGAGUCAAGACUUGUGUUUCCAUGGCUUUUAUGGCUUAUAUGGAAAGCUAGAAAUGCAUUUUGCUUCGAGUUCAAAAGACUUGACCCUGCUAUUAUCUUGGAUAAAGCUAUCACGGAAGCGCAAAUUUGGAGUGAGCUUCAGGCUCCCCCUCGAUCAGAGAUUGUGUAUGCUCCAGAUCUCACGGGUUGGUCUAGGCCUCCUGUUGAUUGGAUUAAAUGCAACGUUGGGGCCUCAUGGCAGAGUGGCUCUGUGAAUAGUGGAGGUGAUUGGAUUGCUCGUAACUCGGAUGUCGUCUUUGAGUCAUCAUCAGUUUCACUCAGAGAUGCCUUUCUUUAUCCAUCUUAUGACUCUCCAACGUGGCCUUUGGUACUGAAUAUCCGCCACGUUCUUGAUGGUUUUGGGGAAUGGAGGGUGGAGCAUGUGAUCCCGGUUAGUAACAAAGUAGCAUCCAUGAUUGCUUUAAGUGUUACUACGGAUCUACACUACCAAUCUUAUGUGGUUUCAGGAGGCCCUUCUUGGUUACGUAAUCUUUUAGAGCAAGAAGCGGCUAACCCUCAUUCUUAA